AACAAGCAGGAAGUAGCAAAAGGACUGCAUCGAAGUAGCAACAGCAGCAGCAGAAGCAUCAUUUAUCAGCGCAUCAGCUCAGACAAAAGCAACAACAACAACAACAAGAACAACAGCAAGCAGCAGACAUAUGUGCGUAAAGUUGUGUUGGCAGUGCUGAAAGGAAACAGCGCGUUCAUUCAAAAAGCCAUUAACCCUAAUAAGCGAGCAACAACAACAACAACAACAGCAACAGCUACGCAUGGCAUCGAUGUACCAUUGUGCGGUUUAGUCACAGUUAAAGACGCCAGCCAGCCAAGUCGCCGCAGCUGUGCUGUAGCUGCCACACGCCGACAAUACGUUAAGCGAAGCGCGUGCGUUGUGUUGAGCAGAAGUCUCGUCUUGCCACAAAUGUUGCCACCAGGGCUGCUGAGUUUGCGGCAGUUGCGUUUGCCGCUGCAUUUAAUGGAACUGUGCAUACUAUUGCUCUGCCUGCCCACGCUGCUGCUGGCCACCACGCUCGAGCCAGACCAAAAGUCAAUACUCACAGAUAACGAUUGGAAGAAGCUAUGGACGCGCAAUGGUAUAAAUGCCGACUCAAAAUUGGAUAAUAAUCUCGACUCCAGCGACAGUCCCAUGUUCGAGGACAGCGAGAUGGCGCAUAAUACGACCGUUCAGCUGGGUGGCACCGCCUUUCUCGUCUGCAAGGUCUCCGGCGUGGAUCGAAAUCAAAUAUCUUGGAUACGGCGCCGGGACUGGCACAUAUUAUCCUCGGGCGCCCAGCUCUAUACAAAUGAUGAACGCUUCGCGAUACUCCACACGCCCGGCUCCAACAUGUGGACGCUGCAGAUAAAGUUUGUGCAGCGCCGGGAUCACGGCAUGUACGAGUGCCAGGUCUCCACACCGACUGGCAUCAUUUCGCACUUUGUGAAUCUUCAAGUGGUUGUGCCCGAGGCAUUUAUACUUGGCUCCGGUGAACUGCAUGUCGAUAUGGGCUCGACAAUCAAUUUGGUUUGCAUUAUUGAGAAGAGUCCAACACCACCGCAGUACGUGUACUGGCAGAAAAACGAUCGUCUCAUCAACUACUAUGACUCCAGGCGAGACAUAUCCAUUGAGACGACACCGGGUCCUCGCACCCAGAGCCGUCUUAUCAUACGCGAGCCCCAAAUCACCGAUUCCGGCAACUACACCUGCUCCGCCAGCAACACCGAGCCAGCUAGCAUUUAUGUCUUUGUAUCAAAAGGCGACAACAUGGCGGCCAUCUCGAGGCGUAAGACCUCCUCGGCCGAUCGCAUCACGCACAUAUUUAGGUCGAUGCUGGCGCCCUGUCUGCUGCUAAAUACGGUCGUUGUUAGACGCAUUUUCUUGACCUAAGCAACUACAAUACCAUACAGAAUUAAAGCGCGAAAAACCAAAAUGGAAUAUAUAAAUAUAAAUAAUAUAUAUAUAUACAUAGUAAAGUAUGAGAAUCCUAUUUAAGCUAUUUCAAUGUUAGAACUUAACAACAACAAAUAUAUAAAUAACAAAUAUACCAAAAAAAUAAAAAACAAAAAACUAGCCUAAAAUAUAAGCUAAGUCCCAUUGAAAAACAAAAGAAAGCAUAACUGUGUAAAAAUCAUGUUAAAAAACAAACACAUACACAAGUACACAAGGACUGUGUGUGUGUGUUUGUGUCUGCAAGGCAUAUACAAGAAGAAGAAGAAGAAAAAGAACAUCAAGCAAAUUUAGCUACGCGUAAGUUAAGUUGGAUAAUCAUU